GCUUGCUGUCUUAUCUUUCCAAACUCUUGUGCCUUCUCUUCAAAUUAUACACGGCUCUCCAGACCCUAAACAUAGAGGACCUCUGUCACCUCUGUCACAGUAACACAGGGCUCUAGCUGCUUCUAAUCCUUUUUUGUGGUCUAUUGCCCAUCAGUGCAGAGUGUUUUGAAUUAAAACUCUCGCCCAACUGUGUCUGUUGUGUCCGGUGUGGCGUCCACUCCAGGCAUGACUCAAAGUAAUGGGGAGACGCGUAUCCAGCGCAGGCGAGUGCAGCAGCUGCGAGACGGCAUCACAGAGCGUUUGAUGAGGGCACGGACCACCGUACAGAACAUCACCAGCAAUGACGUUAAAGGGUUUUUCAGACGGAAUGCCUUCGUCAUACUCACAGUCAUUGCUGUAAUCAUUGGUACAAUUCUGGGCUUUGGACUGCGGCCGUAUAAAAUGUCUUAUCGGGAAAUGAAGUACUUCUCCUUUCCUGGAGAGCUGCUGAUGAGAAUGCUGCAGAUGUUGGUACUCCCUCUGCUGGUGUCCAGUUUAAUUACAGGUAUGGCAGCACUGGACAGUCGAGCUUCAGGGAAGAUGGGUCUAAGAGCUGUAGUUUACUACACUACUACCACCAUCAUCGCUGUCUUCAUCGGGAUUGUCAUGGUGCUCAUCAUCCAUCCAGGAAAAGGCUCGAAAGAUGAAUUUACUAAACAGGAGAAAAUAGAGCAAGUUAGCCCUGCAGAUGCCUUCCUGGAUCUCAUCAGAAAUAUGUUUCCUCCCAAUCUAGUGCAAGCGUGUACACAACAGUUUAAGACAAAGUAUGCAAAGCGCGUGAUCACAGUAAAAGUUACGGUGAAUGAGACGCUCUUCAGUUUGGAUAACGGGUCGCAGGAACUCCAACACGAAGAGAUGAUUCCAGUGCUCGGAACUGUUAAUGGAAUCAACGCGCUCGGACUUGUGGUCUUCUCCAUGUGCUUUGGUCUCAUUAUUGGGAACAUGAAAGAGCAGGGUCAGCCGCUGCGGGACUUCUUUGACUGUCUGAACGAGGCCAUCAUGAGGCUGGUUGCCAUUAUUAUGUGGUACGCUCCAUUGGGCAUACUGUUCCUGAUUGCAGGAAAGAUAGUUGAGAUGGAUGAUCUGUCAGCAAUGGGAGGGCAGUUAGGCAUGUACACCGUCACAGUCAUCACUGGUCUGCUGAUACAUGCUGUCAUCGUUCUACCCUUGCUCUACUUCCUUGUGACACAUAAAAAUCCAUUUGUGUUCAUCGGUGGUCUUCUGCAAGCCCUUGUCACCGCACUCGGUACCUCUUCCAGCUCUGCCACUCUGCCCAUCACCUUUAAGUGCCUGGAGGAAAAUAACCAUGUGGAUAAACGUGUAACACGAUUUGUGCUGCCAGUGGGAGCCACGAUAAACAUGGAUGGUACAGCCCUAUAUGAAGCUCUGGCUGCCAUCUUCAUAGCACAGGUCAACAACAUGGACUUGAACUUUGGACAGAUUCUAACCAUCAGUAUCACAGCAACAGCAGCCAGUAUUGGUGCAGCCGGAAUCCCUCAGGCUGGCCUGGUUACCAUGGUGAUAGUGCUGACCUCUGUAGGACUGCCCACUGAUGACAUCACCCUAAUCAUUGCUGUUGAUUGGUUCCUAGAUCGGCUUCGCACAACCACUAAUGUUCUGGGUGACUCCAUCGGUGCUGGCAUUGUGGAGCAUCUGUCACGUCAUGAGCUGCGUUCCAUCGAUGCAGAGGUCGGAAACUCUGUGCUGGAGGAAAACGAGACUAAGAAAUCAUAUCAGCCCAUCUCUCAGGAGAGCGAGUGUGAAAAUGCCAAGAUGCCUGACAGCGAGACCAAAAUGUAACAGCCUGUUUCCUGAGGAGUUUUAUCCAUGGAAAACUGGAGUUUUUGUGCGAACACCAGUGACUUAGUCAGACACUAGUGAUGUCUGAUAUUCAUCUCAAGUCUUUUUUUAUGCCUGUCAAAGACACACAAAUGUAUUGAAAUGCCCACUCUACAAGCAAAAAUGGACAUGUGCGGUCCACAACGGUCCUUUUUGUUUUGUUGUAGAGCUAGUAAACUGAUUAGAUUGGUAAGAAUUUGAUUUAAUUAAUUUUCUCGAUGAAGGUUUGGUUUUGUUCAUUCAAGAGAAAUAUACUAUGAGUACCAUCAUGGACAGAAUUUGUUUAUAAUGAUAUUUAAACUUGGGCUGGGAAAAUAAACAGAUUUUAAAUAAAUGAAAAUUAAAUUCAUCAUAUUUAGGCUAUCUGCUCAGUUUAUAACUGUGUAGUUAGUGAGCAAUGCACAAUUAAACAGUUUAAGCUUUUAUUCAACUUAUCAUCCAUGACGCACAUUGGUCCGGACAUUUUGUGGCAGCUUAAGUUGGAAAGUGAGACGGAGGCACCAGAAACAUCAAAGUACAAUGUUUUCAUGCCACACCGUAGACUUUUCUGUAAACUUUAAGUUGCAAACUGUGAAGUCACUCAGACCACACAUUAUUUUUAUUUGAAUAAACAAACAAACUGUUCAUUCAAUUGAUGAAACAAUGUCAUUUUAAGAAUUUUAUAAAUGACUAAUUUUGAAAAGAAUAAAGGAAUAUGUAAAUAAAAAAGACAUUUUGGUCAGGUCUGCUCACAUUGCCUGUAUUCUUUUUAGGAGGUGAUUCUUCUGUUGCCUUUAUUGUCUGUUCGGAAAUGUUCAUUUUUGGAUGUUUCUAUAAUCAGGAUCAUCCCUGCUUUGGAUUACAUCUUCAAACCUAGUUUUUGCAUAUCAGAUCCUUUGAUUUUGCUCACUUACUACACCCUGAAGUCACAACAAAUGUAUUUGUAUAAUGAUAA